AUGGGUCUUUUCAAGAAAUCCGAUGGCGACGAUGACUCUAGCCGCCGAGCACUCUUCGGCUCGCGGAAGAAGGACAAGAGCCCCCCGACCCCCUCCAACCCUUACGCUCAACCAAUUCCGGUAGACCCAUACACUAAGGCCAAGAUUGGCGUGGGUGUUGCCCCCUUACCUGCCGACCACCCCGCCGCCAACGGCGGCCCCCACUCCAUCCCCCCGACAACAAGCGCCGGACCCUCAACCGGAGGCUCGCGAUACGGAAGCGGUGGUUACGGAGGUCUGGGUAGCAGCGAUCCCAAUGACCCCGCGGCUGCAGACUCCGCUCGCAACGAGCUUUUCGGCGGCGCCAACAGAAACCGGGCACCGGACAACGCGGGCGGCCCAUCACCACCACCGUACUCCGAGGGUCAGAAUGGUCAGAAUGGUCCAGGACCGAACUACGGUGGCGGCAGCAAUGAGUACAGCAUGGCGACCUUCCAGGAUCGACAGCUAACAGCUGAAGAAGAGGAGGAGGAAGAGGUCCAGGCGACGAAGAACGAGAUACGCUUCGUGAAGCAGGGUGAUGUAGCAUCAACACGGAAUGCACUCCGAGCUGCCGCACAGGCUGAAGAAACCGGUCGCGCCACUCUCGCCCGACUUGGUGCGCAGGGCGAGUCCGUCCACGAUACAGAGAAGAGUCUGGACAUGACGGCCAUCGAAGGUCGCAUCGCAGAGGAUAAGGCAAAGGAGCUCAAGACGCUCAACAAGAGCAUGUUCGCCGUACACGUGGCGAACCCAUUCACGGCCUCGCGACGCCGGCGCGAGCGCGAUGAGAAGAUCCUCAAUACACACCGUGAGGAUCGUGAUGUCCGCGACGGAACACGGUCCGAGGCGUACGCGAGUAAUCAGCGCAUGGACCGGCUGUUCCGUGAUAUCGAGCGCGAUGCCGCGAAACAGGGCAAGGGCAAGAAGGCGAGUGUCACCGAGCGUGCCAAGUACCAAUUCGAGGCGGAUAGCGAGGAUGAGGCAAUGGAGGACGAGAUUGAACAGAACUUGGAUCUGCUCAGUGGUGCUACCGGUCGGUUGAACGGUCUUGCCAAGGCCACUGGCAAGGAGCUGGACGAGCAGAACAGACAUCUGGAGCGUAUCAUAGGCAAGAGCGACUUUGUCGACGAUCAGAUUGCCAUGAACCGGGCCAAGCUGGACCGGAUUCGUUAG